AUGGAGAAGUUGAAGAUGGAGACACCAACAUAUAUCAUUCUUCAAAACAUGACCUAUCUUAUAUACCUUCUAAUCUCCUGGUUGCAGGGUACUGCUGAUGCAGUAAGACAGUAUUUGUGGCUGUUUGAAGAGCAUAAUGUUCUAGAGUUCCUAAUCCUUGCCGGAAAUCAUUUAUACCGUAUGGAUUAUGAAAGAUUUAUUCAAGCUCACAGAGAAACCGAUGCUGGUAUUAUUGUAGCAGCUCUUCCAAUGGAUGAAAAACGUGCCACUGCAUUUGGUGUAAUGAAGAUCGAUGAAGAAGGGCGUACAAUUGAAUUUGCAGAGAAACCAAAAGGAGAAAAACUGAAAGCUAUGAAGGUUGAUACCACAAUUUUAGGCCUUGACGAACAAAGAGCUAAAGAGAUGCCUUAUAUUGCUAGUAUGGGUAUAUAUGAAGAUAAGUUCCCUGGAGCAAAUGAUUUUGGAAGUGAAGUAAUUCCUGGAGCAACUUCUAUUGGGCUAAGAGAAACUGGCAUGCUUGAGAAGUGCCAUCUAGACGGUGACAACUUACCAACAUCAAAACAACUUCAAGUUUUCUCUUAA